GCGAAAUUGUACGCUGCCGCGCCUAUGGCUGCGCCAGCUACAACCAUGGCGGACAAGGCUAACGUGAAGGAGCGCGCCAAGGCCGCUAUCUUGGGCGGCUUGCUUGCAGACGCGGCAAGCAUGCCCCUCCACUGGAUCUACGACGUCCCCAAGAUCCAGGACCUACUGGCCAGCAAGUCCAGGGAGGCCACGCCGGAGUUCUUUCCAGAACCUUCCUGCCCCUUUUACAAGCACCCGUACGGCAGCCUCAGUCCGUACGGUCACGAGCUCAUUCCACUGUUGCGGAGUAUGGCGGAGAACGGAGGGGAGCUGGACGAGAAUAAGUACGGCGAGGCCAUGUACGGCUAUUUUACGGCGGAGGAGCCAGACGCAUACCGCAACCGGAGUGUACGGAGCAUCGUGGCGGGCUGGGAGGAGGGGAAGAGGGGCAAGGAGCUCGGCGACAAAGAUGACUUCCAGGCCAACUGCUUUGCAAAGGCGAGUCUGCUGGUGGCGCGCUAUGCGGGGAAGCCUGAGCUGAGGGAGAAGAUGGAGGCGGCCGUACGGGUCCAACAGAAUAACGACCAAGCGGUUGCGUACGGCAUGGCGGGGGCGUUGCUGCUGGAGAAGGUGGUUCUGGGCCAGUCCGUAUCGGAGGCGCUGUCCUGGGCCGUGGGCGAGGGGGGCCUGCAACCCGACAUGGGGGCGCUGGUGGAGCGAGCGCUGGCGACCAGGACGCAGCCGCUCCGGGAGCUGACGUACGAGCCCGUGCCGUACAUGGUCGAGAUGGUGUCCAAACACAUGGCACUUCGUGACAGUCUGUCGCCCUUCGCCCUGGCCGUCUGGUGUAACGGCCCGGCGUGCGGCAACCCCGCCGCCUUUACCAACGUCGCCAUGGCGGCGGCACAGUACGGCAACAGCUACGUGGAUGCCGUACGGGCGAACAUGCUGGCGGGCGGCGACAACUGCUCGCGCAGUUUGCUGAUCGGCGCGCUGCUGGCGGCGGAGGGCGGCAUGUCCUGUCUCCCGCGCGAAUGGACGUCCCAGGUGCCCAAGUGGGCCCAGUACGAGGAGCUGGUGGAUAGGCUGCUGGCGGCCCCAACUGGCCAGUACGUGUGUUGAUGCGAGUGUGUGUAUGUGUGUGUGUGUGUGUGUGUGUGUGUAAGAGAGGGAGUGUGUGUGUAGGGGGGCCCCGCGCUGCCGGGUAGAAAAGGCGGAGUGAAGGGAUUUGGAGGCCUCCAUGGGGUGUGGGGUGAGGGGAAGGAUGGAUGGAGGAAGAAACGAUGUAAGACCCCGGGGGGCACUCCA